ACCACCCAUCCUGUCCUUUCCUGCUGUGAGCACGCUAAUCUCUCCAACUGUCCCUCGCCAACCCCUAGACCAGGGGUUUACAUAGGGACCUAUAGGGACAGGGGUACCAUGACCGUGCACAUGGCAGACACUCCUCAUGAAUAAUUAACAUGAUUGAAAUUGACCCAACUAGGAUUGAAUUAACACAUGAUGGUGUUCCUUGUGUCACUCCCUGUUCUUGCCUCAUAAAGAUGGAUCCAGGUCCAAAGGGCCACUGCCAUGGCGGCCAUCCUCCAGGCCCUGGUGGGCCCCACCCUGGCCAUGGCCCAGGACACCCUCCUGGGGCAUGCCCCAACCCAGGACCUGGUGGACACCCCCACGGUCAUGACCCACAUCACCCUCCUAAGGGAGGCCAUCCCCCAGGACCUGGUGGGCAUCCCCUGGCCCAGGACAUCCCCCUGGUCCACAUCACUGAGGAAACAGACGAAAAUAGGACACAAGAUGAGGAGCCUUCAUGGAUUGCCCUGCUGACCUGGAACCAGGCUGGAACCAGAAUCUUCUCUUCCUAAUAA